AUGUUUUUACCAAUUUAUGAGGAAUCAAAGAUGAACUUGGAGCAGGAGAGGCCUUUUGUCUGCAGUGCCCCAGGCUGCUCACAGCGUUUUCCAACAGAGGAUCAUCUGAUGAUUCACAGGCACAAACAUGAAAUGACUUUGAAGUUUCCUUCAAUAAAAACAGAUAAUAUGUUAUCAGAUCAGACUCCCACACCAACGCGCUUUCUGAAGAACUGCGAGGAAGUCGGCCUCUUCAACGACAUCGACUGCUCCCUGGAGCACGAGUUCAGGAAGGCACAAGAAGAAGAGAACAACAAAAGGAAUAUCUCCAUGCAUAACACAGUUGGAGGAGCAAUGGCAGGGCCUGGGUCCCACCAGCUGACAAACACAAGGAUGCCAAACCAUGACACCAGCGUUGUGAUUCAGCAAGCCAUGCCGUCUCCACAGUCCAGUUCCGUCAUUACGCAAGCGCCUUCCACAAAUCGGCAGAUUGGGCCUGUCCCAGGUUCUCUGUCUUCACUACUGCACCUACACAACCGACAAAGACAGCCCAUGCCUGCCUCUAUGCCUGGCACCCUGCCCAACCCCACCAUGCCAGGAUCUUCUGCUGUACUCAUGCCUAUGGAGCGACAAAUGUCAAUGAACUCCAACAUCAUGGGGAUGCAAGGGCCGAACCUCAAUAAUCCAUGUGCUUCACCUCAAGUUCCCCCAAUGCAUUCAGAAGCCAAAAUGAGAUUGAAGGCAGCACUGACUCAUCAUCCUGCCGCCAUGUCGAACGGGAAUAUGAACACCAUGGGCCACAUGAUGGAAAUGAUGAGCUCGCGACAGGACCAGACACCACACCAUCAUAUGCACUCACAUCCUCAUCAGCACCAGACACUGCCACCUCAUCAUUCAUACCCACAUCAGCACCAGCAUCCGGCACACCAUCCUCAUCCUCAGCCUCAUCACCAGCAGAACCAUCCCCACCACCACUCCCACUCGCACCUUCACGCACACCCGGCACACCACCAGACCUCGCCGCACCCACCGCUGCACUCGGGCGGACAAGCACAGGUUUCGCCAGCGGCGCAGCAGAUGCAGCCCACGCAGACGGUACAGCCACCACAGCCGACUGGAGGUCGCCGGAGGAGGGUGGUGGAUGAAGACCCAGAUGAGAGGAGGCGGAAAUUUCUGGAAAGGAACCGAGCUGCUGCCACGCGCUGCAGACAGAAGAGGAAGGUCUGGGUGAUGUCACUGGAAAAGAAAGCAGAAGAGCUCACCCAGACAAACAUGCAGCUUCAGAACGAGGUUUCCAUGCUGAAAAAUGAGGUAGCACAGCUGAAACAGUUAUUGUUAACACAUAAAGACUGUCCGAUAACAGCUAUGCAGAAAGAAUCACAAGGAUAUCUAAGUCCCGAGAGCAGUCCUCCUGCAAGCCCGGUCCCAGCUUGCUCCCAGCAGCAAGUCAUCCAGCACAACACCAUAACGACCUCCUCCUCCGUCAGCGACGUCGUGGGAAGCUCCACUCUCACCCAGCUUGCCAGCCACAGAACAGACAUCAACCCCAUCCUUUAAAAGUGGUUGAUCAGAAACUGCUGGGGGAGUGUGGUACCGUAUCAAAGCGUCCUCUCUGCUAAGGACAUUUGCAACCGUAACUCAAGCCUGGAA